CGACACUCGACAGUCGACAAUCGACAGCGUCGGAAUCUCGGAGGCGAAAAUACUAGUUCACCAGAAUCACAGUUUACAAAAUGGUUGCAAAACGGAAAGCGGCAAGAACCAAAACUUUACGUUAGAAUAUUUUUUUAAUUAUGUACAUUUUUUCUCAAUUUGGUUUUAUUUUUGUCCGUUGAGUAGAUAGAUUUUAUUAUAAAUAAUUUUAUUUAUAAGGGCAAGAAGCAAACGUCCAUGUGUUUGUGAUUGUGUAAAAACUUCUGCUAGAAAAAGUGUUAUUAAAAUUAAAUUGAAAUAUGUUUUAUAAUCUCUAUCAGAAAUCUGCUUAGGCUUAUGUUAUUAUCUUUUGUUGUGUAUCUCGUUGCCAUUAAAUCGUUGAAAUGAUGGCUACUAUGACUGCCGGCGGACCUGGGGAUCCGCACACCCAGAUGAACACAUACCGAAGCUAUGUGACCAUGCUUGCGGAUCCCGGUGCUAAGGAUGAAAUUAAACUCAAAGCUGCGCAGGAGCUAAGUGAGAAUUUCGAGGUAAUUCUAAGUUCACCACAAUACCCUCAAUUUUUAGAGCAUUCCCUUAAAAUUUUUCUUAAAAUAUUGCAAGAAGGGGAACCACACUUUAUUGCUGAGUAUAAUAUACAACAAGUUAGAAAACUUAUAUUGGAGAUGAUACAUAGGCUGCCAAUCAGUGAGACACUUAGGCCUUAUGUUAAAAGUAUAUUAAUAUUGAUGUUGAAGCUAAUGGAAAUAGAGAAUGAAGAGAAUGUCUUAGUAUGCUUAAAAAUUUUCAUGGAACUGCAUAAACAAUACAGACCUGCAUAUUCUACUGAUGUUGAUAUUCAUAAGUUCCUACAGUGGGUUAAAGCAAUAUACUCUGAUUUACCUAACCACUUGCCUAAAAUAUUUGAACCACGACCAUCAAUUCGUGUAAAGGAUCUCUCGGAAGUGAAUAUAGAUCAGCUUCUACUUGAAACAUAUACUACAACACCCAUACAUACUGAAAAGAAACUUCUAGAUGGAAGUGUUGUCACAUACAAUCUAAUUCCAAAAUCAGUGAUUUCUCUUAAAGUGAUCCAAGAACUUCCAAUUAUAGUAGUUCUUAUGUAUCAACUUUAUAAGCAGAAUGUACACCAAGAAGUCAGUAAUUUUAUUCCUCUUAUUAUGGACACUAUUACGCUACAACCAUCGGCUACACUCCGUCAAUCUGCUACAUUCAAUAAAGAGGUUUUUGUUGAUUUUAUGGGAGCUCAAAUAAAAACGUUGGCGUUUUUGGCCUACAUUAUUAGGAUUUAUCAGGAAACAAUAGCUAAUCAUGCAAACAUGAUGGUAAAGGGCAUUAUUGGGUUGCUAACAUUAUGUCCUCCAGAGGUAGCCCACUUAAGGAAAGAAUUGGUCAUUGCUACUCGUCAUAUUUUGGCUACGGAUUUAAGACUGAAAUUUGUACCCUACAUGGAGCGAUUAUUUGAUGAAGAUGUGUUACUUGGAGGUGGUUGGACGGUACAUGAGUCAUUGCGACCUUUGGCAUAUUCCACAUUAGCAGACUUGGUCCAUCAUGUGCGACAGCAUUUGCCUCUCUCAGAUCUAGCAAUUGCAGCCCAUUUGUUUUCAAAAAAUGUACAUGAUGAAUCUUUACCAACUAGUAUUCAAACUAUGUCUUGUAAGCUACUACUUAAUUUGGUAGACUGCAUUCGCCAAAGAUCAGAAAGUGAGAACGCGGCAGGAACACAGCCGCAAGGAAGGCAGUUGCUUAUGCGAAUUUUGGAAGUUUUCGUGCUUAAGUUUAAAACCAUGUCUAAGCUACAACUACCCGCACUUAUGGCUAAGUAUAAACAAUCUAGUCCAGCUCCAGUUCCAACUACUACAAAUGGAAAUCCACCCACAAAUCCAAAUACACCGACAGCCACAAUACCUUCAACAGUUGAAGUCAAAGUGGAAGAAGAGAAACCAACCACAGACUUUCUUGACAGCUUGAACAAAGUGGAAGAAAAAUCGAAGAUCGGAUUUCCAACAUCACAAAUGAGCAAUUUGAACGUCGGAGAUUACAGAACCUUGGUCAAGACAUUAGUGUGUGGUGUUAAAACGAUAACUUGGGGUUGUGCCUCUUGUAAGACAUCGACAACCGCGGAAGGCACAUCGACAACCACCGUUGCAGGUCAGAAACAGCACGUGUCAGCCCGCGAGACACUGGUGUAUAUCCGCCUUGUGGUAUGGGGCUUACAGUCCUUGGAUAUUUAUACAUUGUCUGCGCCUCGUCAACCCCUUCAUACACCUUCCCAGCCCCAUGUUCGCUCGAAGGAGGAAAAGGAGGUGCUUGAACAUUUCAGCGGAGUGUUCUCCAUGAUGAACCCUCAAACAUUUCAAGAAAUAUUUACAGCAACCAUUUCUCAUAUGGUUGAAAGAAUAAAUAAAAACACAACGCUACAAAUUAUUGCGAACACGUUUUUGUCAAAUCCCGCGACGUCACCCAUAUUUGCCACUGUACUUGUUGAAUAUCUCUUAAAGAGAAUGGAGGAAAUGGGAUCUAACGUGGAAAGAUCUAAUUUAUACCUGAGAUUAUUUAAGUUAGUUUUUGGCUCCGUUAGUUUAUUCCCGACGGAAAAUGAACAGAUGUUAAGGCCCCAUUUACACAGCAUAGUUAACAAGGCUAUGGAUUACGCAAUGACCGCCAAAGAACCCUACAAUUAUUUCUUACUUCUACGAGCAUUAUUUCGAUCUAUCGGCGGCGGCAGUCACGACUUGCUAUAUCAAGAAUUUCUGCCAUUGCUACCGAAUUUACUAGAAGGCCUUAAUAGGCUGCAAAGUGGUCUUCACAAACAGCACAUGAAAGAUUUAUUCGUGGAGUUGUGUUUGACGGUGCCUGUUAGAUUGAGUAGUCUCUUGCCGUAUUUGCCGAUGCUGAUGGACCCAUUAGUUUCGGCUCUUAAUGGAUCUCAUACUUUAAUAUCGCAAGGGCUGAGAACGUUAGAGUUGUGCGUCGAUAAUUUGCAGCCCGACUUCUUGUAUGAGCAUAUCCAACCCGUUAGAGCAGAUCUAAUGCAAGCUCUUUGGAGAACCUUACAGAAUAGCGAAGUUGCUAGAAUAGCUUUUAGAGUACUUGGAAAAUUUGGUGGUGGUAACAGAAAGAUGAUGAUUGAACCGCAGAGACUGGAAUACCGAGAAACCGACGCUCCUCCACCGGCCGUUAUGGCUUACUUCCAAGAUCAAGCUAAACCGAUCGAUUUUGAAGUAGAUAAAGUAAUAGAAACUGCGUUUUCUGCUUUAAAAUCGAGUACUACUGACCCGUUUUAUCGUCGCCAGUGUUGGGAAGUUCUUCGCUGUUAUUUGGCGGCUUCCCUGAAUUUAGAGGACGACAGACCUACACUCCAAAAAUUGUUCAAUCAUCCUAGCUUUCUCGAAGGAAAAAUACCAGCCCAGAGCGGACCGUACUACAAAUGUUCCAAUUCUAUCGUUAGAAACACGCACAAAACGGCGCUCACUGGAAUGUUUGUUGCAGCCGCCAUUAAGGAGUUGCGACAGCACGUUCUACCCACAAUGGUAUCUCUUGUGCGUCAUUAUACUUUAGUCGCCAUAGCCCAAGAAGCGGGGCCAUUUGCGGGCUCUGGGGGACCAAAAGAGGGUCUCGAUGCCUUAGUUUUAGUGGACGCCAUCGCAGUUGUAAUGGGUCAUGAAGAGAAGGAACUGUGCAAACCUGGACAUUUGGCUCUAGUUCUAAUGAUAGAAACAGCAGCGACAGUUCUGGGAAGCAAAGAACGAGCCUGCAAAUUGCCUUUGAUGGAGUACCUCGCUGAGAGAAUGUCGUCGCUUUGCUACGAACGCGCCUGGUACGCUAAGCUCGGAGGCUGCAUAGCGGUUAAGUUUAUGUUUGAGAAAAUGGCGCCGGAAUGGGUAUACAAGCACGUGUUUACCUUUUUGAAGGCGGUUUUGUUUGUGAUGAUGGAUUUGACCGGUGAAGUUUCGUCGGGUGCAUUGGAUAUGGCUACCGUGAAUUUGGAGCGAUUAGUUCGCGUUUGUGUGAGUGGUCCUGGGGGACAAGCCAUUGAACUUGAUGGAGAAGUAGCGGCUGCAAGGACUCGAGCGCUGCAUGAUGUUCUGCAAGAACUCGUCUUGCAGGUUACGAGCCCUCAUCUUCUCGUUCGGCAACAGGCAAUGAAAUCUCUGGAGCUCAUAUCUGAACUGCAGAAUAAAUCCGUAACUGAUGUAAUGGACCCACACCGGGAAGUGUUGUCGGAUAUAAUUCCGCCUAAGAAGCACUUACUGAGACAUCAACCCGCUAAUGCACAAAUGGGUCUAAUGGACGGGACCACCUUCUGCACAACUCUUAAACCGAGACUGUUUACAAUAGAUCUGAACGUUAACGAGCACAAAGUGUUCUUCCGUGAAUUGCUCUCCCUCUGCGAGGCAGAAGACGCGAUGCUUGGAAAGUUGCCUUGUUACAAAGGCGUCAACCUUAUCCCUCUUCGUAUUUCGGCUUUACGUGCUUUAGCUGCGUGUCAUUAUAUACAGGAAAAACAUUGCAGGGAGAAGAUAUUCCAAGUGUUGUAUAAGUCACUGGAGAAGAAUGAUACAGAGCUGCAACAGGCGGGCUUUGAGUGUAUGCAAAAAUUCUUAGCCGGUUUCCAAAUUGAUAUGGACAUGGUUCAUCCUGUCAUGAGACCCUUGCUCCUAACCCUGGGAGACCACAGGAAUUUAAGCGUCAACGGCGCGAAGAGGCUCUCAUACCUGACACAGCUCUUCCCUUCCACCUUCAGUGAGAAGCUCUGUGAACAACUCUUGCAAUUAUUAAAGAAAUUGCUGGAUUAUUCGAUUCAGACUAAUAGAGGUGGUAACUUUUUACAAAGCGUAUCAAAGAACAUGGAAAAUGAACAGAAAAUAAUAAUAUUGAUUGGUAUUUUCCAUCAAAUACCGGCCGCGUCGCCGCGCUUCAUUGACGUGCUCUGUCGUCUCAUAUUCCACACGGAGAAGUCUCUUAUGAUAGAGGCGGGAUCACCUUUUCGUGAUCCAUUGGUGAAGUUCCUACUGAGAUAUCCAAAGGAAACACUCGACCUUAUUAUGAGCGAUAAUAAUAUAAAAGACCAGCAAUGGAGUCGCUUCCUAGUAUUCCUCGUGAAACACGAAGAAGCCGGUCCAGCAUUCCGCGAAGCCCUGCAAACCACGAAAAAAGCCAGACUAUUGCAAUUACUGGCUGCUAAUAGUGGAACAAACUUAUCCCAACCAGAUAAAAUAGAGAUGCAAUUUCAAGCGAUCCGAGUUAUAUCCUUGCUUAUCAAAUUUGAUGACCAGUGGCUGUCCACUCAGCAUGACUUGAUUGAGUUACUAAAGCGAAUAUGGUGCAGUGACCAAUAUCAUGAUACCCAUAAGAAAGUGGAGAAUGUUGAGUGUAGCCAUUGGAAGGAACCGAAGCUUAUCGUGAAGAUUUUGUUGCACUACUUCUGUCAUCAUCCUUCCAACAUUGACCUGCUCUUCCAGUUAUUGCGAGCCUUAUGUGAUCGAUUUAUACCGGAUUUCCAAUUUCUCCGAGAUUUCCUGGAGAACACAGUUGCUCAAAACUACACAGUUGAAUGGAAGCGAUCGGCUUUCUUCCGAUUCGUGGAGCACUUCGCAAGCGACGCGAUGUCCCAAGAGCUUAAAGCGAAAGUUCUGCAAAUGAUAUUGAUUCCUUGUUUUGCGGUUAGUUUUGAGAAAGGACAGAAGAUUGUUGGAGGCCCACCCGCGCCCUACCAGGAUAAUCCCGAUAAUGUGGUAUCGGUGUUUAUCAAUAAUGUGAUUGAUCCAGAAAAUCCAUUCGCAUGUUCAGACGCAGUGCGUAUUUCGUUACUCCAAUUUGCAUGUUUGUUGCUCGAACAAGCGUCGGCACAUAUCCACGACGCGAAUAACAAGAAACAAGGCAACAAACUGCGAAGGUUAAUGACAUUCGCUUGGCCAUGUCUAUUGGGCAAAAACUACGUCGAUCCUGCGACUAGGUACCACGGCCAUUUGUUACUAAGUCACAUUAUUGCUAAAUUCGCAAUCCAUAAGAGAAUCGUGCUGCAAGUCUUCCACAGCCUCUUAAAGGCCCACGCAGUGGAAGCGCGUGGCGUCGUACGCGCAGCGCUGGAAAUCCUAACUCCAGCUAUGCCCCAACGUAUGGAAGAUGGCAACACGAUGCUCACACACUGGACCAAGAAGAUCAUUGUUGAAGAUGGACAUUCUGUGCAACAGCUCUUCCAUAUACUGCAGCUGGUUGUUAGGCAUUAUAAGGUUUAUUACCCGGUUCGACACGCGCUGGUAGGUCAUAUGGUGGCAGCAAUGCAGCGACUAGGUCUCUCUGGCACCGCUUCAUUGGAACACCGCCGACUAGCAGUUGACUUAGCAGAGGUAGCUCUCAAGUGGGAGCUGCAGAGGAUACGGGACUACACUCCCGAUGAUGCUAUUGCGGGAACAUCAACAAGUGGGGCAAUCAAGCGCAUAUCCUCUGAGGACAGUAGUAGCGAUGCUCGCAAAGCCUUAAAUACGGGUUGGGCGAGUCCGCAGGCCGCUAGUUCCAGAGAGCCGGACGCCGCGAAACCUCUGGAAAGACAACAUGUAGAUGUUGUAGUCAAUCUUUUAUUGAGACUUGCCUGCCAGUUGACGUCCCCAUCGCAGGUUAACGAGGCCGUGGGCGGGGCUUCGGUGGCAGGGGGCGCGGCUACUACAGCAGCCGCCAAUAGCAGUGCAGCAGUUGGAGUGGGCGGAUCCCCCGCUGAGCAACUGUCACGGCGGUGUGUGUUAUUGCUGAAGGCCGCGCUCAAGCCUGACGUCUGGCCUCAUCUAUGUGAACCGAAGCUCGCCUGGUUGGAUAAGGUUUUCUCAACUGCAGAGAGUAACGCCAACGCGAGCACGGGCCUUGAACUCUUAGUAUUCCUGUUGGGUGUUCUACGACGCGAUCAAAUUCUUGCAGCGCUGAAGCCGCUACACCGCGGUCUAUCGGCGUGUGUGGCGUCCACUAAUCCCAAGAUAGUUCGACUAACACACAAUUUGUUGGCUAAGCUUACUGCGCUCUUCCCCACCGAACCCUCUGGUGCCGCCCAGGCUUCUAAGUACGAAGAAUUGGAGACUUUGUACGCGUGCGUAAGUAAGUACGCGUUCGAAGGACUGGCAUCGUAUGAAAAAUCCGCGCCCGGAACUGGCGCUAAUUCGCUUUUGGGGCCUUUAAUGAUGUUAAAGGCAUGUUGCACAUCAAGUCCAGGCUACGUGGAUAGACUAUUGCUACCUCUAAUGCGGGUGUUGCAGAGAAUGGCCAGAGACCAUGUCGCACCGAAUCCGGAUAACGCUACCUCGGAUUUACUUAUUUUAGCAUUGGACCUACUGAAAGCAAGGGUGUCAGUGAUGCCAGUCGAAACAAGGAAGACGUUCAUCGGAACUAUUCUCGUCGGGUUGAUAGAGAAAACGAGUGACGCAAAGGUAAUGAAAGCCAUUACCCGUAUGGUUGAAGAAUGGGUAAAGAAUCGUGGCACUACAAGUUCAAGUGCUCUGGCGGCGCCAUCUCUCAGAGAAAAGUCCAUUCUUCUCGUGAAGCUAAUGCAGUAUGUGGAGAAACGGUUUCCGGAUGAUCUGGAAUUAAACGCUCACUUCUUGGAUCUUGUCAACUAUGUUUACAGGGACGAACAACUGAAAGUAACAGAGCUAUCGAUGAAGCUAGAACCAGCUUUCCUAGCGGGUCUACGCUGCACGCAGCCGAACAUACGCGCCAAGUUCUUUGAAGUGUACGACGCGAGCGUUAAGAAGAAACUAUUCGAUCGUAUCCUUUACAUCAUCUGCUCUCAGAACUGGGAGCAUAUUGGACAACAUUUCUGGAUAAAACAGUGUUUGGAGUUGCUUCUUGUCACUUGCGUUUCGAGUACCCAAAUUCGACUGUCAAACACAAAAUAUCUUCUGCCCAAUAUCACUGCGGUGAUAAACUGGGCAGAUAGCGAAGAGCGCAAGUCUUUCGCGAUCUUUAGCAACGUGAAAGAAGAGUCGUCCGAUGGAUUCAGUGACUCCAUUGACCCCGACAAGGAAGACGUCUUAGAUAUGGACUUGGACUCCAAUUCUACACAAAAGGAAGAUUUGACUAAAAAUGUUCCUAAUAGGCAGCGAACACUUAAUCAAAUAAUAGCGAAGCAAUCCGAGUUCCUUGAGUUGGCUCGGCGCGUGCGCACAGAACAGUUAGUAGCCGCCGCUGCGCAACUUUGUCAUAUGGACGAAACACUCGCACACUACACUUGGUUGAGACUGUUCCCGAAGCUCUGGACCACUUUUGAUGAAAGGCAACUCCCGACAAUUAUGAAUGAAAUAGUUCCAUUCAUAAUUUCGGGAGUCCAUGUUAUUCAACCGCACCUGCCAAUAAGCGCUUUGCACACGUUUAUUGAAGCAUUGGCGCGGUGUAACCCACCAAUCUCUAUAAAACCUCCAAUGAUGAAAUAUCUCGGCAAAACUCACAAUUUAUGGCACCGGAUGACUCUGAAUCUUGAGCAAAUGGCCAUCGAUCAAGCCGCUGGCAAGACGAGUCGGGAUGCGCUUGAAAUCUACGAUUACGAUGUAGAAACCACAACACCAUCUGAAAUAAUGGAGUCAUUGAGUGACAUGUACGAGCUUCUUCAAGAGGAAGACAUGUGGUCCGGACUAUGGCAGAAACACGCGCGGUACCGCGAGACAAACGUCGCCAUCGCCUAUGAACAACAAGGAUUCUUUGAACAAGCACAGGCAGCAUAUGAUGUAGCGAUGGCCAAAUUGAAGCAGGAGUAUUCUGCAAAUCCAUCAUCAUACAAUAUGCAUAAAGAGUGCAAUCUUUGGACUCAGCAUUGGAUCAAAUGUGCCAAAGAAUUGAACCAGUGGGACUCGUUACUUGAGCUCGGAUUGACGAGAAAUGUACGAGACCCCUUCUUGAUUCUGGAAAGUUCUUGGAGGAAUCCAAAUUGGCCCACUAUGAAAGAAGCGCUCGCUGAAGUGGAAUAUAACUGUCCCAAAGAAUUAGGUUGGGUGGUAAACCUCUACCGUGGUUACUUAUGCAUCUGUGCCCAUGGCGAACAGCAGUUAGGCGGUGUAGAGAGACACGCCGAGGCGGCGGCAGCACAAUGUCUGCGAGAGUGGCGCCGCCUGCCUAAGCUGGUUUCACACGCUCAUCUGCCGCUGUUGAGAGCUGCCCAACAGUUAAUGGAGCUUAGUGAGGCUGCUCAAAUACAUACAGGCCUAGUACACAGCCGUCCAACGUCGUUACACGAUAUGAAAGCGAUUGUGAAGACAUGGCGCAACCGGUUGCCCGUGGUGGCCGACCCACUAUCCCACUGGGGCGCCAUUUUCACCUGGAGACAGCACCACUACCAGUUCAUCGCCUCUCAUUACGACUCGCAAGCCGAUCAUGCCUCCAACCAUAGUAUGCUUGGAGUACAUGCUAGUGCCCAGGCCAUUAUACACUUCGCGAAAAUAGCGAGAAAGCACAACCUAUCUGGUGUGUGUCUCGACUCACUUCACCGCAUCUACACCAUCCCAAGCGUCCCCAUAGUGGAUUGCUUCCAAAAGAUCAGGCAACAAGUCAAGUGCCACAUACAAAUGUCGUGGACCGAAGGAAAGGACGAACUGCAGGAGGGUUUGGACAUGAUUGAGUCUACAAACUUCAAGUACUUCACGAAGGAGAUGACAGCCGAGUUUUAUGCCUUCAAAGGCCUUCUACUCGCACAAUUGGGACGUUCUGAGGACGCGAAUAAGGCUUUCGCCGCAGCGGUUCAACUUCACGAUACAUUGGUCAAGGCAUGGGCUCUAUGGGGAGAUUACUUAGAGCAGAUAUUCAUAAGAGACCCGAGGCAGGUGCAAGUUGGUGUGUCGGCUAUGACGUGCUUUCUACACGCGUGCAGACAUCAAAAUGAAUCGAAAUCACGAAAGUAUUGUGCGAAGGUGCUAUGGAUGUUAAGUUUUGACGACGAUAAGAACAGCUUAGCUGAAGCAUUAGACAAGUACAGCGUGGGCGUUCCGCCCGUACAAUGGUUGCCAUGGAUACCGCAAUUGCUGUCUUGCCUAGUGCAAUACGAUAGCAACGUUAUACUCAAUCUCCUAAGUCAUGUGGGUCGUCUGUACCCUCAAGCAGUGUACUUCCCCAUCCGAACAUUGUACCUUACUUUGAAGAUAGAACAACGUGAGAGACACAAGACGGCCGAGCAGUCUGCAAAUUUGCCAUCUACUUCUACGACAAAAACCGGUGAGGGCAGUUCGUCCGGUGCGUCGAGUGUGUCGGACGCGGGCCCGAUCAAGGCGACGCUGCCGAUGUGGCGCUGCUCCAAGAUCAUGCAAUUGCAACGGGAGAUACAUCCCACUGUGCUCUCGUCGCUGGAGGGCAUUGUGGAUCAGAUGGUAUGGUUCCGCGAGAACUGGUACGAGGAGGUGCUACGUCAGCUGCGCGCGGGUCUGGCCAAGUGUUACGUCGUCGCUUUCCACCACCGAGCGGCCGUUGGGGUGGCCACCGUCACGCCCCAUACUCUCAACUUCAUCAAGAAGGUCGUCUCCACCUUCGGCAUCGGAGUCGGCAUGAAAAGUGUUUCAAGUUCUGUAAGUGGUGCAUUCUCUUCAGCUGCAUCGGAGAGUCUCGCCAGGCGGGCGCAGGCCACGGUGCAGGACCCCGUCUUCCACAAGAUGAAGACUCAGUUCACGGCUGACUUUGACUUCUCCCAGCCCAACGCUAUGAAGCUACAGAAUCUCAUUCAAAAGCUCAGAAAGUGGGUCAAGAUCCUCGAGGCCAAAACCAAGGUUCUGCCCAAAUCGUUCUUAAUAGAAGAGAAGUGUCGGUUCCUAUCCAACUUCAGUCUAAAGACGGCCGAAGUGGAGUUGCCGGGUGAAUUCCUUUUACCCAAACACACGCAUUAUCACGUGAGAAUCGCGCGUUUCAUGCCACGCGUCGAGAUCGUUCAGAAGCACAAUACGUACGCUCGGAGGUUGUAUAUACGCGGGCACAACGGAAAGAUAUACCCGUAUCUUGUGGUCAACGACUCGGGGUUAGGAGACGCGAGAAGAGAAGAGAGAGUGCUCCAACUGUUGAGGAUGUUGAACCACUACCUUGGAAAGCAGAAAGAGACUUCUAGAAGGUUCCUUCACUUCACGGUACCGAGAGUUGUGUCUGUGUCGCCGCAAAUGCGUUUGGUCGAAGAUAAUCCUAGUUCUCUAUCUCUAUUGGAUAUUUAUAGGACCGAAUGUGCAAACAGGGGCUUGGAAUACGACGCACCAGUAGCGCGUUACUACGAGCGACUGGCUGCUGUUCAGGCGAGAGGAUCGCAAGCCUCGCACCAAGUACUCAGGGAUAUACUACGAGAGGUGCAAGCCACUAUGGUACCACGUGGAAUGCUCCGCGAAUGGGCAGCAGCUACCUUCCCAGCACCCACGGACUAUUGGACCUUCCGCAAGAUGAUGACGCUCCAGCUGUCCUUGGCUAGCUUUGCAGAGUACGUCCUGCAUUUGACGAGGCUGAACCCCGACAUGCUUUAUGUGCACCAGGACUCGGGGCUGCUUAACGUGUCGUACUUUAAGUUCGACGUUGACGACACAACUGGAGAGUUGGACGGUAACCGUCCAGUACCAUUCCGCCUGACGCCAAAUAUCGCAGAAUUGCUGACAAAUAUCGGAAUAACUGGACCCCUUACUGCAUCUGCAAUUGCCGUCGCCAGGUGCCUUGUUACGCCUAAUUUUAAGAUACAAUCGAUCCUACGAACGAUAUUACGUGACGAAAUGGUGACCGGAUACCGUAAACGUAUAGAAGACAAGUCGGGAGUGCCGACACCCGGCACUUCGGCCGACAACAAAUCCACGGAAAUCGACAAUGAGACCAUUGUUAAUAUGGUUAACAAGGCUGUUACUAUGAUUAUGAACCGUUUGAACUCUCUCGCCUUGUUCGACGGACCCGAUAGCAAAGUCGCUACCUUAGUCACAGCUGCCAACAGCCAUGACAAUCUGUGUCGUAUGGACCCGGCCUGGCACCCAUGGCUAUAAGUUUUCAAUUAAAAAAAAAUAUCUUUGUUAAGCUUAGAUAGGUACCAAUACAGGUGAUAUCUUUUGUAAGGUUAAAGCAUCUUUGUAUUUUGGGAUGAUGUCCCUUUGAUCUCGUAUAUUAAAUAAAUGUUAUAAGCGA